AGCUCAAGCAGGAGCCUCCCAGCUCCAGCCCCCCAUUCCCAGCCUGUGGAUGUGGCAUCCCUGGAGAUGAUGCCCCCCGAGGAGGAGAGCCCGGAUGGGGACAGGGACGGUGGCCUUGUCCUCCUACACGGCUCGAAGAGCGGCAGCACACGGAAGGGCUGUGACCCCUUUGCCCAGACCCAGCGGAGCAAACUCCAGCACCGCCGGGCCCGGAUCAACCAACAGAUCAACAAGGAAAUGAGGAUGAGAGCGGGAGCAGAAAACCUCUUCCGGGCCACCAGCAACCACAAGGUGAAGGAAACGGUGGCUCUGGAGCUGAGCUACGUAAACUCCAACCUUCAGCUCCUGAAGGAAGAGCUGGAGGAGCUCAACAGCAGCAUGGACGUGUAUCAGAACGACAGUGAAUCCAUCAGCGUUCCCAUGAUCCCUCUGGGACUGAAGGAGACCAAGGAGCUGGAUUUGCUGGUACCACUCAAGGAUUUCAUCAGUGAACACUACGGAGAGGAGGGCGUCCUGUUUGAAAAGGAAAUCAAGGAGUUCAUGGAGCUGCGACAGGCCAUGCGCACCCCGAGCCGCAACGAGGCCGGAUUGGAGCUCCUGAUGGAAUAUUACAACCAGCUCUACUUCCUCGACAGCCGGUUCUUCCCUCCCACCAAAACCUUGGGAAUCUUCUUCCACUGGUAUGACUCCCUGACGGGGGUCCCAUCCCACCAGAGGGCUCUGGCCUUCGAGAAGGGAAGUGUCCUCUUCAACCUGGGAGCACUGCACACCCAGAUCGGAGCGCGGCAGGACCGCGCCUCCCUGCCCGGCCUCAACCAGGCCAUCGAUGCCUUCCAGAAGGCAGCUGGUGCCUUUAACUACUUGAAGGAAAACUUCUCCAAUGCUCCCAGCCUGGACAUGAGCGCAGCCUCCCUGACCAUGCUGGUGAGGCUGAUGGUGGCCCAGGUCCAGGAGUGUGUCUUUGAGAAGAUGACCUUGCUGCGUGCCCAGAAUGACUUCCUGGCCCGCCUGCAGCUGGCUCAGGAGGCAGCAAGGGUGGAAGAUGCUUAUUCCCUGGUGCACCAGACCAUGAACCAGCCCCACGUCAAGGAUUACGUUCCCUUCUCCUGGACCACCAUGGUCCACGUCAAGUCGGAGCAUUUCAAAGCCCUCUCCCAUUAUUUCGCUGCCAUCGCCCUCUGUGACUGCUCCGCUCCCUCGGAUGCCGAGCUGCUGGAGCAGGAGAAGGCUUUCCUGCAAUUCCACGUCACCAUGCCAGAGGGGCCAUCACUUCGUGUCCUGCUGCAGGAUCCCGAGGAGCGGAGGAAGCUGGGCAAAGCUCACCUCAAAAAAGCCAUCAUGAAGCACGAGGAAGCCAUGAGGAUCCAUGGAUUGUGCAAGAUCCUAAGGAAGAUGGAUAUCCUGCAGGAGGUCCUGUCUUUUGCCCACAAACGCUCCCUGAGCAAAUAUUCCGAGAUCGACCACGAGGAGGAUUUCUUUGAGACGGGAGAGGCUCCAGACAUCCAUCCCAAAACGCACCAGAAACCCGAAAUCAAAUCCCCCAACUUCUCCCAGGUGAAGGUGACCGACCUCUUCCACAGGCUGGGCCCCCUCUCCGUGUUCUCAGCCAAGAACAAGUGGUAUCCAGCUCGGAGAGUCCACCUGAUGAGAGGAGAGAACGGCUUUGGAUUCACCCUGCGAGGAGACUCCCCCGUCCUCAUUGCCGGGGUGAUCCCGGGGGGCUGCGCUGCUGAAGCCGGGCUGAAGGAGGGGGACUACAUCAUCUCCGUGAAUGGCAAGGACUGCAAGUGGUCCAAGCACGCUGAGGUUGUCCAGCUGCUGAAGAGCACCGGGAAGGAGGGGGUGGACAUUGGAGUCAUCACCCUGCAGGGCUCAGAAUGUCCCAAAGCCGUGGACAGGAAGGCAGCAGUGAUGUCCUCGGGAUCCGGCGUGCUGAAGAGCAACAAGGAGAACAGCAGGAAGAGCCUGAUGAACAGCAAGAGCGCCAGCACGCUCCUGGUGUGGAGCAAGAAGAGCAAGAGGAGCAAGAAGAGCACCUACAGUGGCGUCCCCUUCACCACCGUGGGGGACAACGAGGCCAUGUACUGACCAUGCUCCGUGGUGUUCCCUGAGCUCCAGGACUGGCUGCCCAGGAAGCUUCCCAAGCCUGGCUGGGCUGUGAGGACUCCCAGCCCCGGGAAUGCGCCACUGGUCGGAUCCGCGCCGAGAGGUGAGCGAGGCUCCUCCACCUCCCAGCUCCUGCGUCCAACGAUCCCCUCAGUGUGGUGGGAAACUCGGGUUUAUUGUUAAUUUCGGGAUUAUUUUUUUUUUUUGCUCUCAAGGGGGUCGGGGGGAGCUGUGCUAAAGCAGGGCCUGGUUUGUGUCUUCUGCUUGGCCAAAGCCAGCCCCAGCCAUUAAAGCA